GUCACUUUGUACUGCGCGCUUUACCACAUAUCAUUGUAAUGUUGCCAGCGAAGUCAAGAUGGCGUCACUAGUGCUUUUAUUUCUUUUAUUUAAAUUGGUGUCCGGAAAUGAAAGCUAUGGAAGCAAUGGAAUCUUACACCAUCUGAAUAAUGGCAUAAAAUUUGCAAAAGACUUUUUAGGAUCAGAGUCGAUAGCUAUGAAAGUUGCCGACUUUGUGGUUCGUGCCUUUCAAACCGAAAAACCAACAUUAAACAAGAGACGACCAAAUCAGGGAACUUUCGAGAGCAAUGAAGAUGAUUCAUAUGAAAAGCAAUCUUUUUACAACGUAGAUGAAGCUAAAUCUCCAACUUCACCUUUAAAACACAUCGUCAAACUUCUAGGUCUUCAGCCGAAUCAAAUAACUGCAGUGGCUGUCAAUGCUCUUAUAUUUGUAGCACAAAUGAUCACAACUUUUCUCGCUGGUCCUAAACACUCAAACAAGCCCCAACGAUCUGACGAUCUCACCUCUUGGAUAUUAAACAAAAACUCAAGAAAGCUGCAAGAAAUUAUCGCCACCGCUAAGAAUGAUUCACUGCCGGACCUCAUUGAAGAUCUCAUCGAGGAACAAGGAAACGACGAAGAAACUAGUUGCAUUCGUCUGUUGGUUUGCAAAAUAACUCCGUUCGUGAGCAAAAUGCAGGAAGCGGUGUUUGAUAGAGACAUUGUUAGAAGUAAUGAACAAUCACGUGGGGCUUCCAUAAUGUACCAACAUUUGCCGUCUUCCGAAGAAAUUAAUUCCAGAGGAAAAAUAUGCGAAAAGAAGCACAAAGAUUGCAGAUUAUACGACUAAUGUGUCAUUUUAAUUUGAACUUACAUAUACCUUUCUGAUUUAAAUCAUAACCAUAUAGGGACUUCGUAUUUUUAUAUUCAUAUAUAUAUAUAUAUUUUUAAUUGUUACGAAUUAUAAUCAAUAUCCGCCAUUAUGUAACGUUAUACGGCAAUAAAAUUAACAAAAUAUGGGAACGGAACUGGACAUUGCGUAAUGAAGAGAUCAAUGAACUGUCUGUGUAAUAAAUUAAAUAUUUAUUUUCUUUAUUAAAUCCUUAUGUAACAGUCUGAUUCGUGAGACAGCGCGGCGUAGUAACUGACUUUGGGACCAGUUAUUGAAAUAUUGAAAGUCACACAACUACUUGCGGGACCUUACAGUUAAUAAAUGAUAGAUAUUUUAUCUUAUAUAAUACAGUACCAUAUCCAGAAUUAUAAUACGUAAAUAUUCCAUGGAGAAUUACCUCUUAUAGAAAAAAAUGUGAUUAUCAAUAACAAUGUCCUUGCAUUUCUAUAAUGCUACCUUUUUUUACGGAUACAAUUUUAGUUUUAUAUAAUACAGAUAAACAACUAUUAACUGAUAUUGACACAUAACAUCAAUAAAUUGAGAUUUUUAUUAUUUAAUUAUAAAGAGAAAACGUUUAAAUUAUACAAAUUUUACAAAUAAUAAAUAUGUUUUUCAUAAACAAAAAAAUUCCUUAUUCAAAAAUUUUUAAUUAUCUCAUAGUAGCUAUAUAUUUAACAAAUGCUACUAUUAUCAUGAAAACUAACUUAUAUAUUUUUUAAAGAAACUUCAUAGUGAUAAGCCCAUAAUAAUGAAAUCAACAAGCAAUACAUGUACACACAUAAGUAAAGUUAAUACGUACGUACAUUCGCCACCAGAAUAAAAACACUACAAUUGAAAAAAAAACAAAAAGAACGAAUAAGGAAUUUUGUAUUAACAA